AACCCUUAAAGCCAUUCUGUGUGUGCUGUGCUAGCUGUGUAGCAGCUCCAGUGUAUCAUGAGAAGAGAAAGAUCUGAGCAGUGAGGGGGCAGAGGAGAGCCACAAUGAUGAUUCCCAGGCUUGGAGCAGCCGAAGGAACUCGGAAUGUUUUGUUUACAAAAGCAGGAGGGAGUGGAGAGUGCUGGGUAAGGGCAAACGUGACCCACAUGUCAGUGCGUUAGGAUGGCCAGUGACAGCUCGAACAUUAGCAGCCCUGUGGUACGCCAGAUUGACAAACAGUUCCUGAUCUGCAGCAUUUGUCUGGAGCGUUACAAUAUUCCCAAAGUACUUCCUUGUCUGCAUACAUUUUGUGAGAGGUGCCUGCAAAACUACAUUCCUGCCCACAGCUUGACUCUUUCUUGCCCAGUGUGUCGUCAGACUUCCAUUCUGCCUGAAAAGGGAGUUUCUGCACUACAGAAUAACUUUUUCAUCACAAACCUGAUGGAUGUUCUUCAGCGAACUCCUGAGAGCAACAGUGAGGACUCCUCCAUUCUGGAGACAGUCACAGCGGUAGCGGCAGGAAAACCCCUUUCCUGCCCAAAUCAUGAUGGAAAUGUGAUGGACUUUUACUGCCAGUCCUGCGAGACUGCAAUGUGUCAUGAAUGCACCGAGGGUGAACAUGCUGAGCAUCCAACUGUUCCCCUUAAAGAUGUAGUGGAGCAGCACAAAGCGUCCCUGCAGACUCAACUGGAAUCCGUCAAACAGAGGCUGCCUGAAUUAGACUCUGCUCUGAGUUUCCUCUCAGAAAUCUUGCAAGAUCUGACCAACGAGAAAGUAAGCAUCGAAGAAGAAAUCCAUGCCACAUUUGAUGAGCUCCAAAAGACACUGAAUGUACGAAAGAGUGUUCUUCUUAUGGAACUGGAGGUCACCUAUGGUGUUAAACAGAAAGUUCUUCAAGCACAACUGGACGCAUUAUUGCAAGGCCAAGAAAGCAUUCGGAGUAGCUGUAGCUUCACUGAACAAGCCCUAAAUCACGGGACUGAAACCGAAGUUCUCUUAGUUAAGAAGCAAAUGGGAGACCGUCUGAAUGAACUCGCAGUCCAGGAGUUUCCUUUACAGCCACAAGAAAAUGAUCAACUGGAGUUUGUGGUGGAAACUGAAGGUCUUAAAAAAUCCAUUCACAAUUUAGGUACCAUAAUAACGACAAAUGCUGUAGCUUACGAGACUGUGGCCACAGGCGAGGGUCUGAGGCAGUGUGUGAUUGGACAGCCUACAUCUGUUACCAUAACUACAAAGGAUAAAGACGGGGAACUUGUGAAGACGGGAAAUGCAUGUCUAAGUGCUGAAAUCUCAUCUCCAGACGGCAGUGUGGUAGACGGAGAGAUACUUGACAAUAAGAACGGCACUUAUGACUUUCUGUAUACCAUCCAGAAGGAGCAGAAAGAGGGUGACUUUACACUCGCUCUCAGACUUUAUGAUCAGCACAUCAAAGGAAGUCCAUUUAAAUUAAAGGUGAUCAAGCCCACUGACCUCUCUCCCACGUCUGAUGGAGUCAAGCGCCGGGUGAAGUCCCCAGGCAGUGGGCAUGUGAAGCAGAAGGCAGUAAAACGCCCAGCCAGCAUGUAUAGUACUGGGAAAAGAAAAGAGAAUCCAAUUGAAGAUGAUUUGAUCUUCAGAGUUGGUAAUAAAGGAAGAAACAAAGGGGAAUUCACUAAUCUGCAAGGAGUGGCAACAUCCUCCAGUGGAAAAGUCAUGAUAGCAGACAGUAACAAUCAAUGUGUGCAGAUUUUCUCAAACGAUGGACAGUUCAAGAACCGUUUUGGGGUCCGUGGCCGGUCUCCUGGGCAACUGCAGCGUCCAACAGGGGUGGCUGUGCACCCAAGUGGUGACAUCAUCAUAGCAGAUUACGAUAACAAAUGGGUGAGCAUUUUCUCACCCGAUGGGAAGUUCAAGACCAAACUAGGUUCUGGAAAGCUGUUGGGACCCAAAGGCGUAGCAGUGGAUCGGAAUGGUCAUAUCAUCGUGGUGGACAACAAGGCUUGCUGCGUGUUCAUCUUCCAACCUAAUGGGAAGCUGGUGACGAAGUUUGGUAAUCGAGGAAACAGUGACAAGCAGUUUGCAGGUACACUUGAUGGCCCGCACUUUGCAGCAGUCAACCAUAAUAAUGAAAUCAUUGUUACUGACUUUCAUAACCACUCUGUUAAGGUGUUUAAUGCUGAUGGGGAGUUUGUGUUAAAAUUUGGAUCUAAUGGAGAAGGAAACGGUCAAUUUAAUGCACCAACAGGAGUGGCUGUGGAUUCUAAUGGAAACAUUAUAGUUGCUGAUUGGGGAAACAGUCGUAUACAGGUGUUUGAUGGAAGUGGAUCAUUCCUCUCUUAUAUUAACACAUCUGCUGAUCCGCUCUAUGGCCCGCAAGGCCUGGCACUGACUUCGGAUGGCCACGUGGUGGUAGCUGACUCUGGAAAUCAUUGCUUUAAAGUCUAUCGUUACCUGCAGUAAUUCUUGUUGGAGCAAUUCUUGUUGGGUGAACUGGAUGAGUUCCUGCUUUAAUUAACUGGUUCAGUUUCCAUUUCAGGACAGAGUCACCUGCUUUUGUGACCCUUUCCUGACUUGGUUUUAUUUAAGUGAACCGUGUACUGUAUAUGUAUGAACAAAUGCAGAUUUGUACCUAAGGAUUUCCUCUGUCCUUCACAAUACUGUAUGUUCCAGCUUCAUGAGACUCUUUCAAGUGUUUUCAUAAAAUGACUAAAUAAACUAUUGUAUCUGAACAUGCAGAUGUGGAGGAUAUAGUUAGCUGCUCAUUCUUUAGAAGUAAAAUAUUCCAGCAUAUUAAAUAGAAUCUGCAUCCCUCAGUGCCAAGAGCUCCAUCUCAUCAAACAUCCUGAUUAUAUAUAGAAUGUGUAAGUGAGUAAAUGACAUUAAUUCAAUUGAGUCCAUGUUCAAAAGCAAAUGGAGGUGCAGUUUUAUUCGAUGUAGAUGUACUGAUCACCUGAAUAAAUGACUGCAGUUACUCACUUACAACUGCUUUCACUCACUUACAAUUAUGUUUUAUUUUUCACAUUGUAUAAUCUCAAGAUGGCUCUAACUAUUAAUUCCUAGUAUUAGUACAGAAGAUAAAUGGGAAAGUCUGCAGUGAUUGCGCUGUCAAACUAAUUUUUUUACACUGGCAGUUGCCUCACAGUGGUGCUGACUAUCCAUUUUAACGAUUUUGGCCAGUUGUGAUGUACUAACUGCAAGUAUAAUAUUGUUACUUGUUUCACAUGAGGGUAAAAUGGAAAUAUUUUGCAAUUCUAAAGCAACAUAAGAAUUAGGAGCCUAGUAUAUUUGAUGCUUCAUGUAUGUUUUUAGUUGCUUGAUGUAAUACAGUAGUGGCAUUAAAUAUAGGUAAUUGGUUGUUUUUUCUUAGGACACAUUUUUAACCAAAGUCUAUAAUGCAUGCCUUGUGCCACGCUUGUUAGCUGUGCAAUGUCAUUUUUGAUGCAAGAGAAAAAAAAGUUGAAGGAAACUGAUGAAUCCUUGAAGGAAACUGAAGGUCCUCAAAACUAUUUAAUGUCCUAAACUAAUUCAGGCAGGAGCAUAAUCUUGUUUUACAGAAGGAUGCAAAAUUAAGGGACACAAACCGCAUCUUUACCACUAAACUGGAUCCUGCCGGUAUUUAAAAUGCAUUAACUUGAUUACUUUGAUUUGUUAGUUCUUCAGCAGUCUACUCAGGUACUUGGUUUGCAUCUAUUUAUCAAUUCCAAUUUGUUCUAGGAUUGCAUAAUUGGGAAAUGUUCUCUAAAUGUUGUGAAAUGCACUAUAAAAAGAACCAGAGCUAAUUUACUUUUUAAAAAUCUGUUUGACUGCUGUUUUAGAACUGUAUUUAAUUUGCUGCUGUGUGUAAUUUUUUUCAUUCUAGGGAGGGGUGGGGUAGGGGAGGGAGCAAGUAGGAGAAACUAGAUUAAAUAUUCAAGUUUGUCAGUAAACAGUGUAGAUUAGGAGUUCUUUAUUUGAAUUCAGUAAAUAACUGAUCUUUCCUGGAAAGGGAGAGGAAUGAAGUCCCCACACUGGGCUGUAAAUUUGAACUUUGUUAUUUUGUCUGUAAAGAAUGCUCAAAAAAGCUUAUUUAUAUUUUAUCACUAAUGUAUUAACAAAUGCAUGUGUUGCCAAACUUUGAUGGGGAAUUAAGUGCCCAGAGAAUUUUGUUUGGGAGGAUAUAUUCGAAACACUAAAGGAAAAAAAACCAUGUCAGUGGCAUUUUGGAAAAACUGAAGCUUGAAUGUGUAAUGUAUAGAUGUAACCCUUCUCUUGUUCCUUUUGUAACGCGUGAGUUGUGCUUGAUGGUGAGGUUCAAACGAUGAGAAAGUGAUUAUUUCCCAGUCUGGGUGGAGCUAGUGUUGUGUGCGACCAGCAUGGCCUUAACAUGUAUACUCUUCUUCAAUACUUCAGAAACUUAGUUUACCGCAAGAAGUUUGGGGAAUCUGCAUAGACUGUGCAACAAGACUGGAAGUCAGUUUAUUAACUUCUCUUUUGAAAACGCCAUGUUAACAAAUGCUUAUGCUAAUGUUUAAGAGGGAAAGUUUAUACAUUAUUUGAAUGUUACAAACAUUCCAUCAUUGUGAUUUGUUUUGUGUACAGCACACGAGUAAAUAAAAUGUCAUGCACUCCAAA